AUGUCUAAAUCGAGUGAUGACUGGUACUGUUCAGCAUGUCUGGCUAGUAUUUUUCCAUUUAAUCAUUUUGACAAUGAUAUUGAUUUCUUCUUUGCACUGUACGAUUUCAAUUCUCAAGGUGAUUUUGAUACGGAAUUGCUUAAACAGGAGAAAUUUAACCCUUUUUUUGAUGACCCUGAGACAUCUCAUUUAUUAAUGAACUCCAACCUUGAUCCCGAAGCUAACUUUUUCGCAGCUAAUUCACAAUUACUUUCUAACUGCCUCUAUCUAACCUCUACAGAAUUUAAUAAAAUACCACCACUUUGUUCUGAUACAUUUUCCUCACUUCAUAUUAAUAUUCGUAGUCUACCUUAA